AAAACUCUGUCACACCUAAACAAAACACAACUUCUCCUUUUACUGCAAAGUAAAACAGUUUGAAAUUAUCUGAGGAUCAGAGAGCAGCAGGCUGGAUGUGACGAUGGGGCACUCUUUGCUCUGCAUGAUGGGCUUUUUCUUGCUCAGUACAGUCAUCCGUGGAAACGCUGAAGCUCCUCCUGAGCCCACUGUGACCCUCCAACCAUCCACGACUCAGAUAUACAGCGCUCCUCCUAAGCCCACUGUGACCCUGCAGCCAUCCUGGACUCAGAUAUACAGCGGUGAGACAGUCACUGUCAGAUGUGAGAUUCAGGGAGGUGAAGGAGCUCAGUGGACGUAUGGAUGGAGACCAGCCAAGUUAAACACACCUCCAACAUCCAAUGAAUACAGAAUCAUCAGAGCUGCUGAGUCUGAUGGUGGAGGAUACAGCUGUCGGGGCAGAAGAAGCUCUUCCUGGACAGAGUGGAGUGACAUCACCUUAUUGAAAGUAACAGCUCCUCCUAAGCCCACUGUGACCCUGCAGCCAUCCAGGACUCAGAUAUACAGCGGUGAGACAGUCACUGUCAGAUGUGAGAUUCAGGGAGGUGAAGGAGCUCAGUGGACGUAUGAAUGGAGACGAGGCCAGGCAAGCAUACGUCCAACAUCCAGUGAAUACAGAAUCAUCAGAGCUGCUGAGUCUGAUGGUGUAGGAUACAGCUGCCGGGGUAGAAGGGGAAGUUUCUACACACAGUGGAGUGACAUCACCACAUUGAGAGUAACAGUUCCCACUAAGCCCACUGUGACCCUGCAGCCAUCCUGGACUCAGAUAUACAGCGGUGAGACAGUCACUGUCAGAUGUGAGAUUCAGGGAGGUGAAGGAGCUCAGUGGACGUAUGGAUGGAGACCAGCCAAGUUAAACACACCUCCAACAUCCAAUGAAUACAGAAUCAUCAGAGCUGCUGAGUCUGAUGGUGGAGGAUACAGCUGUCGGGGCAGAAGAAGCUCUUCCUGGACAGAGUGGAGUGACAUCACCUUAUUGAAAGUAACAGCGAAACCAAAGGCUGAACUGAGAGCUGAUAGGACAGCUGUUCCAGUAGGGGGCAGUGUGACCCUGACCUGCUCUGUGAACCCAUCAUCAUCGUCAUCAUCAUCAUCUCGAUGGAAAUACUACUGGUACAGAGAUGGGAAAUCUUUUCAACCUGUGACAAAUGGACAAAUCAGUGUCUCAGAGGGAGGACUCUACAGCUGCAGAGGAGGAAGAGGAGAACCAGUUUACUACACAGAGGACAGUGAGUCAGUCAGGAUUGACACAACUGCCUCAAACAGGCCUGUUGUGACUCUGUAUCCAAACUGGUCUGAGAUAUACAGAGGAGAGACGAUCACUGUCAGAUGUGAGAUCCAUGGAGGAGACACUGAGUGGGAUUAUGAGUGGGAAACAAACAGCAUCAGAAAACCUCCAAAUCAAAAUGAAUACAGGAUUAGAUCUGCUUCAUCAUCCAACAGUGGAAACUAUCGCUGUAAGGGCAGAAUGAAAAGUUCACAGCAUAAAACAACAGAGUGGAGUGAUUCAGUCACACUGACAGUUUCUGACAGUAAGUCAUAUUUGCUUUAAGCUGUUUGAACACUUUGUAAAAUGUGUUUCUGUUCAUAUAGACUGAGA